AUGGCCACAUUCUCACGCAACUUCAAAUUGCAUGUUUUCUUAUUGUUGAUUGUUAUGGUCAUUGGAAUAGAAGCGCGGAAUAUCCAAUAUUUUUGUGGUGGCUAUGGAAAAGGUGGUGGUGAAGAAGGUGGAAGUUUUGGUGGUGGUGGUGUUGGUGUAGGAGCAGGGGCUGGUGUUGGCGCCGGAGGUGGUGCCGGAGCCGGAGCCGGUGCCGGUGCCGGGGGUGGUGCCGGUACAAAUGGCAGAAGAAAUAACAGAAUCGAAGGAAACGAUGGAAAAUUUUAA